CAUAUUAUAUUUAUUGGGACUCUUUUUUACUAAAGAUACUCGUUAUACUAAAGUUACUGAGCCUGUAGACUUCUGGGCAAAAAUCCACUAGUGACAGACAUCCUUGUGACACAAUUCCAGCUCGAAGAGAACUGAAGAGAAGAAGCAGUUGCUUGAAAAGGAAUUUGAACUAGACUUCUCACCCUCCCAAACCAACUGGCAGUCCAGUGCACUAUUUUCAUUGCAUUGUGCAUCACCAAGAGCUGAGAAAAUGGCUCAAGUGAAGAAUGAGGAUAAGAAAGAGUGUACCAACAUUACAAAGUUUCUGAGAAGAAGAAGGUCUUUGUCACCAACAUACAUUGAGCUGAUGCGUCCAGUGUCUGAAUUCAUAAGACCUCCUCGAGCUUGUCCCACAGAGGAGAUUGAGGGAGACGCUGUUGAGAGAAGAUCACCAACCCCCGAAAGGACAUGUUCUCAGUCUCCAUGCCCUGUUUCCACUGAGUCACCCAGGUCAGCCUCCUGGUUUGAGAGAUCUGCCAGAUUUGACAGUGGAUCAAAAUAUGAAGCAAGGAGAGCAACUCUUAAAUCUGAGGUAAAAUACCAGGUUGUUACACAGGCACCAUUCAGCCUCGAUCAUGCUCCACGUAUUACUGUGAGAAUGCGUUCUCAUCGUGUGCCAUGUGGUCAGGACACAAAGUUCAUGUUGAAUGUCCAAGCCAAGCCAGACGCAGAAAUCAAAUGGUAUCAUAAUGGACAGGAAAUUCAGGAGAGCAGCAAGUACCACUUCACAAAUUUGAGUGGAGUUCUGUCUCUAAAGGUUUGCCAGUGCAUUGAGGAGGACAGUGGAACAUACCGUGUUGUCUGUGCAAAUUCAAAGGGAGAGACGUCUGACUAUGCUACUCUUGAUGUUUCGAGCGGAGAAUUUUCCACAUAUUCCUCUCGCCGUAAAGAUGAAGAGGCUCCUGCAACAUUUCUCCCAGGGGUCACAAAAACUGACUAUUACCAUAUAUCAUCAGUUAGAGCUGCUUCCUCUUCCUCAAAAAAUCACCUUGAGAUCAAAGAAACCUCAACGAUCUUUGUAGAAUGAUGUGAGGUAUCAGCUUUAGAGUAUGCUGCAGCAGAAAGUUUACCUAUUAGAUAUGCUUCAAUGGAAUACCUGUCUUCAGCAUCUUACUCUUCACAUGAAAAAUGUGUUGCUACAAAGACAAGGACGAAAGAAGUUGAAGAAGUCAAGGAGAUUAAUGCCAUUUUAUCUGCAAAAAUAAUCACAAAGCCUCAGUCAACUACAGUUUCUUUUGGAAGAUUCAGAUGUGAUAUUGAUGGUGUAUCGGCACCAAGAGUGACAUGGUUGCAUGAAGGAACCACCAUUGUAUCCUCUCACUGUUACCAGGUACCUUGUACACAGUACAAGCCUACAUUUGAAAUCAUCUCGGUUGAGAUUUCCGAUGAGGGCAAUUACUCAGUGAUAAUAAAAAACUCAGAGGGCACUCAAGAGGCAAAAUUUACCUUGACCAUCCAUAAACCACCACCUAAAGAGGAAAUUCCUGUUCCACUUCCAAGUGUGAAGUCUCCUGGGCCUGAAGUAAAAUCCCCAGAACCGGCUCAGGUUACCUCACCAGAGCCCCGAGUCAAAUCACAUAAGAGUGUUAAGUCACCAGAAUCAGUUUCUUCACCACCAACCCCAAUCAAGUCUCCAGAGCCAGUGCCCCCACCCCAUUUGGUGUUUAAAUCUCCAGAGCCCAUUACAUCACCAUCAAGGGUGAAAUUUCCAAUGACCAUCAAAUCUCCAGAAUCAAUUACCUCACCGAUGACUGAGUGUAUCAUGUCACCUAAACGAGUAAAGUUCCCAACACCAGUUAAAUCUGCCCCACCAAAGAUUGUUCAGCAGCUUCAAGCAGAGGCUUUUGAGGGCAAAGUGAAAAUGUACUGUAUUGCUGAAAGCAUGGUGAAGGAAGCUGUGUGGUACAACGGCAGCAAGAAAAUUAUACAAAGCAGUCACUAUCAAAUUCAAACCUCUGCUGAUGGAUCUCUGAGAGUGGCCAAGGUGAAUACACUUGCAAGAUUACUAAAGAAAGAGGAAUGUCCAAAACAUCAUUCUCCUUCACUGGCCAAGUGUUCCAGAGCAUACUCCAAAGUGACAGCUUUUGUAGCAACGCACUUGGCAAUUCAAGUUAUAUAAUCCCUCAGGAUAUCAGCAGUGAAACAGCAAAAGUCCGUUGCCUGUGCUUUCUCUGGGGAGCCCAUCCCUCACAUUGAGUGGUCCCGCUCAGGAAAGAAACUGCCUGGUGAGGAAAGUAGCAGAUUCCACAUUGAGACCACAGAGGACCUCACCACACUCAUCAUCACUGGUGUCAAAGGGAGUGAUGCUGGCGCAUAUACCCUCAAGCUCUGAUCAGAGUAAAAGCAAUAUUAUUAUUUUGGUAGUUUCACAUUCAGGGUAAACUGUUUGUUUAAUGUGACCUACAAAUCAAACCAUUUUGAAAUAUGUUUUAAUGCAACUUGUCAUUGACAAUUCUUGUAUAAUUCCAGUGUGAAAUAUGUGUUAAAGUGGACUGGACAUUUGAAAGAAAUGUAGUUUUUCACCAUCAGUAUAUAAGGUUAAAUAUUUGCAUAUUUUUGCAUAUUAUAUCUGUAUUUGUUUAUUACUGUUCUUUGGGUUAACAUUAUUUAAGUAAUAAGAAACUUAAGUUUCACAACUGUCAGCUAUUAUGAUGUUAAAAUUUUAUGAGGACAUUUACUUUGUAGGCUGUUGGUUUGAUGCAUAUCUGAAGUAUUUCCUAAAGUAUUGCUAAAUAAGUGCUAUAUUUCUGAACUUAUGUUUGAUUGAAAUGUGGACCAUAUCUUUAAAUACCCGCAUUUCCAUUCAAAUUAUGAUUAUUUUCUGGUGAUUCUGAAACUAGUCUUUUCUGGUCCCCCCUGCCAUCUCAUUAAAUUAGAUUAACAAAAUAUC